UAUAAUAUGAACCAAAUUGUUAACAAGAUACGUUACAUAAAACAAUUAUAAUAAAAUUAAUUAAGGUAUAUAAGCAAUAUGAUCAAGACGUAUUUAUAGAUCUUAAUUAUUUUAUAUCUAUUAUUUUCUCUAUCAAAAUUUUGUAGAAACGUCGUAGUUUUGUAAAAUUGCAAAACAAUAAACUUUAAAAUUUGAAUUAAACUGUGACAAAUUAUGAAACUAUAACGAUUUAAAUCAAAUUGGACACAUCUCGGUCAUCCAUCGGUUCAAGUGGUUAGUCUCGGGUUAAGUAAUUUUUUAAAUAUAUAUGGAUAUUAUAAAAAUCUAAAUCGAAUUAUCGGAUCACUGGAUUAACCGGUUUGACCGCGGGUUUCAGAUCGAAUGUAAAAGCACUGAUUUAAAUGCAAAAAUAUUUUAAAUACAUAAAAUUGUUAUAAAUUAACAAAAUAUUUGUUAAGAUAUUAGUGAAAUUUGUGCUUGCAAAGUGUGUAUCAAAAGCUACUUGAAUGUUAAAAGCUUAUCCCUUCUUGAUAUAUUUAGGUGGUGUUAUUCAAUAGUGGAUUUAAAGUUAGAGCAAAUUAGCUCAAUAUCGAGUGGAACACCAUUGAAUUGGGGAAAAAAUGGUAAUGAUGGAGGGAAGAAAAUUAGAGGGAAAUAGGGUAUAGGGUGCAAAUAGUGGGGGAAACUGUGUGUAGGGAGUACAAAUUCUCUUAAAGUUAAUUCUAUAUAUUUUAUAAUCUAUUGUUAUUCUGAUUUUAAAUUUUAUACUCAAAUCUAUUGUUAUUUGUUAUGACUUUUAAAAUAUCUCAACUAAAAGAUUUUAAAUCUAGUGUUAUUAGUUUUUAGAUUUACAAUCUCUUCAUUAAAAAAAAUUAAAAUCCACAUUGUUAUUCAAUCAAAUAUUUGAAUGCAACAAUUGAAAUCUAGUGUUAUUCAUGUUUGAUAAAAUUCUUAGAAUCAUUUGAUUUGAAAACUGUUUGAAUGGAUUUGAAUCGAGUUUUAUGUGUAAAUUAAACUAAUCAAAAUCUAACGUUUUACCAUGAGAUUUUAAAAUAUUUUCUUACCCAAAUAAAAAACAGUAUUACAACAGUUUUAAUCAUCAUCACAAAAAUCAUUGUCACAAAAUAUCCAACGAAAAUAACUAUACCAUGCAUGCAUGUAACACAUUGACCAUCAUUUCUAUUAUGACAUUGUUUUAUAAUUCAUUCAAACAAUUAUUUCCAUUUUAACCAAGGUCGAGCAAUUAUUGUAGAAGUUUGAAACAUUGGUAGAUUUGUCAAUCAUUUAAUAUUUGAUUUAAUUCUAGUACAUAAAUUAUGAUGAAUUUAUAAAUACAAUGAUAAAGAUUUAAAAAUCUAGAUUCAAAUGAAUAAUGAAUCAAUUUGAAAUGGACAAAAUAUUAUAAUCUGAUGUUUUCAAUAUCUAAUGGAAUUGAUUUUAAUUCCAAUAACACCCCAUUAAUUUAAGAUUUUUUGUGUGGAUAGAAAAUUACUGGUAUUAUAUGUCCUGCUUUGACUACUACUCACUUUCAAUAGUCAAAACAAUAUAACCUUUUGCAUAACAAAGAAAUAUAUAUUAAAUCAAGAACUUGGUUUACUUUCCAUGUUUUUUUGUUUGACCAGAGCGCAAUUGAUAUCUUGUACGUACAUGUGUCAGAAAAUGCUUUAAAUGUUAAAUUGUUUUCCAUUUGUAGUAAAUGUCAAAUAAAACCAUAAUUAAAAAUAAAAUUGUAUUCAUAAAAUCAAACUAGGGUUUGAAAUUUUGGUAUAAAAACACCACGGCCCAGAUACACUUGUUGUCUCUAUCUUUCGCACCUCUUCAUUUUCAUAGUCUUUCCCUCAUCUGUUGAGAACCUCACAUCUUUUCUUCUCCCGUAUAGUUGUCAAAUUUAAAACAUCUCUUCUCCUCAUGUCUCUUCCGCAAAACCCCUUCACUUCAUCAACAAUACCAUCCAUGAAGAAAUCACCAUCGUUAGAGAAAGAAGGCAAUCAGAUGCAGAUCGAAAACGUCGACCGGAUCGGCAAACUUCCGGACGAUAUGUUGCUCAAAAUACUAAAGAGCUUGUCAACAGAGAAAGCGGUUCAGACAAGUUUGUUGUCCAAACGGUGGGAAGGUGUUUGGAAGCAAAUGCCUUAUCUCUUCUUCAAUAUGAAAAAUGCUCUCAAGGUGGAGUUGCCUCUAGCCGAACAAUCCCAUUUCAUUGCCCAGUUGAUAACCAAGGUUAUAAACAAUCACAGUGGCAAUCUGGAGCACUGCAAAAUCCUGCAUAUGACACCCCAAACUCAAGAUGGUACGCUGGAAACUUGGAUCCGAUCAUUGAUCCACGUGAAACACACUAAAUAUCUCGAGCUUAAGAGAUUUCGUGUUAAUCGCCCUGGGAGAGCUCGUGUGCUCCACUUACCCCCAAACAUAUUUUCACAUCCAAUGCUCACAUCACUCCUUCUGUCUCGAUACCAAUUUGAGUCUGCACAUGCCUUUAACAAUUGCAAUAACAUCAUUAUUCUUAAACUUUUUAAAAUCAAAGUUGAAGUGGAUGUGCUCAACACAGUCAUUGAAUCGUGCCCUUCCCUCAAGAUGCUGGUACUAGAAAUCUUCCAAAACAGUCGAACUGGCUGUCUGAAGAUUCAUAACAACCACUUAAAGUUUGUGCAUUUGACUUGCACUGAAAUUGAUAACGUUGAAGUGUCUGCAGCUCUUCUGGACAUACUCUCUAUUCACAAUGUUAAACUUAUUAGGGGGAUUAAUAUCGUUCUUGACGCCCCAAGAUUACUUCAGUUUAGUCAAAGAUUGUGGAAGGUACAUCAAAGUUUGCCUCACAUAGUCUACAAUAUCUCAUGCGACACUCAGGGGAAUGAAAACAUUGGGCAUAAAUUCGUGAUGAACAUAGAAAAUUACUUUAUGGUUGUGUUUGCAACUUUGGCGGUGAAUGUGGAUAUGAUGAAUCCAAAAGAAGUUUACAUGCUAAAGCAAGUUUUAGAUGCAUGGGCUAGAGACUUGCAAAUUCUCCAGAUCUUCUUUAAGGAUAACGAUAUUGACAAGAAAGAAGGUGAAUCUUCUAUUGACGGAAUACAAAAUAAAUGGGGGAAUUGCUUUCUCGAUGUUGAUUUCCGUGUGAGAAGUGUGUAUUUGUAUAACUUCAAUGGUUUGGAUGAGGAUCAAUUUGCUUUGGCUGCAAGUUUUGUGAUACAAGGGAAGAUGAUGGAAAGUUUGACAAUCGAGACAUCUUCGCUUCCUGCAUACAAAACGCUGGCGAUAGAUACUGCAGUGGCGAAAUUGAUGAAACUUCCAAAAGGUAACAAGAACCUUAAUAUUAAAUUCAUUUGAUUGAAUUUGAUUCAAUCUAGUUAUUGGGUCACAUGAACAAAUCUAGACUUUCCGUUUAUUUGAGUAAGGAUUAAUUACAUGCGUUAAACA